UCCUCCCUAGCUCUCCCUCUCAGUCUCCAGCUCUUCUCUCUCUCCCUCUCACUCUCCCUCUCUCUCUCUGUCGGGCGGAGUCGCCCACCACUGCCAAUCCAGUGCUGGGGGAACCUGCUCUAGGCUGUAGCAGCAGGACCGUGCCCCCUCCAUGGCUCCCCUGGCCUUGGUGGGGUUUGCACUCCUCCUGGGGACUCCGCCAUGCUCAGGGGCGGCCACCCCGACCCCGUCCCUGCCACCUCCCCCAGCCAAUGACAGCGAUGCCAGCAGUACAGGGGGCUGCCAGGGCUCCAACCGCUGCCAGCCAGGGGUCCUGCUGCCCGUCUGGGAGCCUGAUGACCCGUCGCUGGGGGACAAAGCAGCCCGGGCCGUGGUCUACUUUGUGGCCAUGGUCUACAUGUUCCUGGGUGUGUCCAUCAUUGCCGACCGCUUCAUGGCCUCCAUCGAGGUCAUCACGUCCAAGGAGAAAGAGAUCACCAUCACCAAGGCCAACGGCGAGACCAGCGUGGGCACCGUCCGCAUCUGGAACGAGACAGUGUCCAACCUCACCCUCAUGGCCCUCGGCUCCUCAGCCCCGGAGAUCCUGCUGUCCGUCAUUGAGGUCUGCGGCCACAACUUCCAGGCGGGCGAGCUGGGCCCGGGCACCAUCGUGGGCAGCGCUGCCUUCAACAUGUUUGUGGUCAUUGCCGUGUGCAUCUAUGUCAUCCCGGCCGGCGAGAGCCGCAAGAUCAAGCACCUGAGGGUCUUCUUUGUCACCGCCUCUUGGAGCAUCUUUGCCUACGUCUGGCUUUAUCUCAUCCUGGCCGUCUUUUCCCCAGGUGUGGUCCAGGUGUGGGAGGCGCUGCUGACCCUCGUCUUCUUCCCGGUGUGCGUGGUGUUCGCCUGGAUGGCCGACAAGCGGCUGCUCUUCUACAAGUACGUGUACAAGCGCUACCGCACCGACCCGCGCAGCGGCAUCAUCAUCGGCGCCGAGGGCGACCCCCCCAAGAGCAUCGAGCUGGACGGCACGUUCGUGGGCGCCGAGGCUCCGGGCGAGGUGGGCGGCCUGGGCCCGGGCCCCGCCGAGGCCCGCGAGCUGGACGCCAGCCGCCGCGAGGUCAUCCAGAUCCUCAAGGACUUGAAGCAGAAGCACCCGGACAAGGAGCUGGAGCAACUGGUGGGCAUCGCCAACUACUACGCGCUUCUCCACCAGCAGAAGAGCCGCGCCUUCUACCGCAUCCAGGCCACGCGGCUGAUGACCGGCGCGGGCAACGUGCUGCGGCGACACGCGGUGGACGCCUCGCGCAGGGCCACCCCGGCCGACGGCCCCGGCGAGGACGAGGACGACGGCGCCAGCCGCAUCUUCUUCGAGCCCAGCCUUUACCACUGCCUGGAGAACUGCGGCUCCGUGCUGCUGUCGGUCACCUGCCAGGGCGGCGAGGGCAACAGCACCUUCUACGUGGACUACCGCACGGAAGACGGCUCCGCCAAGGCCGGCUCGGACUACGAGUACAGCGAGGGCACGCUGGUGUUCAAGCCGGGCGAGACGCAGAAGGAGCUGCGGAUCGGCAUCAUCGACGACGACAUCUUCGAGGAGGAUGAGCACUUCUUCGUGCGGCUGCUGAACCUGCGCGUCGGUGACGCGCAGGGCAUGUUCGAGCCCGACGGCGGCGGGCGGCCCAAGGGGCGGCUGGUGUCACCGCUGCUGGCCACCGUCACCAUCCUGGACGACGACCACGCGGGCAUCUUCUCCUUCCAGGACCGCCUGCUGCACGUGAGCGAGUGCAUGGGCACCGUGGACGUGCGCGUCGUGCGCAGCUCGGGCGCGCGCGGCACGGUGCGCCUCCCCUACCGCACGGUGGACGGCACGGCGCGCGGCGGCGGCGUGCACUACGAGGACGCGUGCGGCGAGCUCGAGUUCGGCGACGACGAGACCAUGAAAACUCUUCAGGUGAAGAUAGUUGAUGACGAGGAAUAUGAGAAAAAGGAUAAUUUCUUCAUCGAGCUGGGCCAGCCACAGUGGCUUAAACGAGGGAUUUCAGCUCUGCUACUCAACCAAGGGGACGGGGACAGGAAACUGACGGCUGAGGAGGAAGAGGCUCGGAGGAUAGCAGAAAUGGGCAAGCCGGUUCUCGGGGAAAACUGUCGACUGGAGGUCAUCAUUGAGGAGUCAUAUGAUUUUAAGAAUACGGUGGAUAAACUCAUCAAGAAAACGAACUUGGCUUUGGUGAUUGGGACUCAUUCGUGGAGAGAGCAGUUUUUAGAGGCAAUUACGGUGAGCGCAGGGGACGAGGAGGAGGAGGAAGACGGGUCCCGGGAGGAGCGGCUGCCUUCAUGCUUUGACUACGUCAUGCACUUCCUGACGGUGUUCUGGAAGGUUCUGUUUGCCUGCGUGCCCCCCACCGAGUACUGCCACGGCUGGGCCUGCUUCGGCGUCUGCAUCUUGGUCAUCGGGCUGCUCACCGCCCUCAUUGGGGACCUCGCUUCCCACUUCGGCUGCACCGUUGGCCUCAAGGACUCUGUCAACGCUGUUGUCUUUGUGGCCCUGGGCACCUCCAUCCCCGACACGUUCGCCAGCAAGGUGGCGGCGCUGCAGGACCAGUGCGCCGACGCGUCCAUCGGCAACGUGACGGGCUCCAACGCCGUGAACGUGUUCCUGGGCCUGGGCGUGGCCUGGUCAGUGGCCGCCGUGUACUGGGCGGUGCAGGGCCGCCCCUUCGAGGUGCGCACCGGCACGCUGGCCUUCUCCGUCACGCUCUUCACCGUCUUCGCCUUCGUGGGCAUCGCCGUGCUGCUCUACCGCCGCCGGCCGCACAUCGGCGGCGAGCUGGGCGGCCCGCGCGGCCCCAAGCUCGCCACCACCGCGCUCUUCCUGGGCCUCUGGUUCCUUUACAUCCUCUUCGCCAGCCUCGAGGCUUACUGCCACAUCCGGGGCUUCUAGGGCCCUCCGCAGGGACUCCGCCUCCAGCCUCGAGAGACCGCUGCAUCAGUUCUGGACUGCAUCUCCCUGUCCUCCGGAGAUGCAACCUCCUCUCCGGGGACUCGGCCGCCCUUCCCCCAGGGACGUGAUCGCCCCCUCCCCACCGCCCCCACCCCGUCCUCCGUCCCCACUAACAGCCUUCACUCUUUCCCUCCGGAGCCUCCCCAGGUCCUCCUGCAAAGAACAGCUCCUGCAGUUACCUGCAGCUCCUGCCCCCAUCCCUGUUCGUUACUGGCUAUGUUCCUGGAGAAAUUUCCACCUCGAGGCGCCCCCCACCCCGCCAUAACCCUACCCCAUCUGUGACCCUCUCGAUCUCUCCCUUGAGACUGCCAGCCUUGCUCUAUCCCAUAAGUCCCCGGUCCUCAAGAGGAACACCCCCGCCUCCUUCCAGGAACCUGUGCCCCAGGACCUCAGAACUUAGCCCUCCCUGAGGGGCCCUUGAAGGAGGCCGAUCCAUCCUAGGAUGUCACGGGUCUCAGGCCUCCCCCCAACCCUCGGGGGCUCCGUCGGCCUGGGGGAUAGGGGGACAGGUGGGUGCGUGCAUGGGGGAGGGGACACACCGCCCUCCUCCCCCACCUCCGAUUUCUCCACUCAGGCCCUUGGGAGGACGCUAAUUCUCGAGGCUUGGAGAAGGGAGGGAAGGGGAGACGUUUGGGGUUUCAGAGCUGGAGGAGGCACACUUUGGACCUGUAACUUCUCACAUUCCAGAGCCCCUACUUGCCUCCACUACCUCUGAGAGCCCAGCCAUGCCUUGGAGGGGAGGGGGCCUGUGUGUGUGUGUAUAUAGUGUGUUUGGGGGAGGGGGGAUGCGGGAGGGUGCAUGACUUGGGGAAAAGGGGGGGGGGUGAAAGACUUUUCUUUUGAGAGGGCAGCAGACACCCCCAGCUGUGAGAAGCGGCUUUGGGAAGGAGGCCGGGGAUCCACGGGAGUAUAUAGCCAAUCUCCCCCGACAAUCUAGAAGGCUCAAUUUGCCCUCAGUGCCAGCCAAUUCGGGCAGGACCCUCGAAGAGGAGACCGAGGGUCCCAGAGGACCAAUGCUACAAGCCAGCAAAUGCUGCCACAUCUCUGCCUGAAGGGGAGCAGGGGUGGGUGGGAGGGUGGGACGGGGGUCCGGGGGUCUGGGCGGGUGUUUUUAACUUUGGAGGCCACCUAUCUGUUGGCUGGCCAUGUACAUUUUCUUACUGUUGAUGUUUCCUGCCCAAAGGACAUACUUGGGGUGUGAGGAGUGCUGCCUACUUCUUGGGACCCCCCCUGCAACCCCCAUAACACCUGCUUCCCACCGGUUUUUAGCGUCCUAUCCUUCUGUUGUGCAUCACCCCCAACAUCCCAGACCUGUUGCGUACUCCCUUCUCUACUCCCAGCUCAUCAGCACUAGUCGCUGUCUCUGUGAUUUCUGUAAAAGUUGCCAUAAAACUGAAAUUAUGCCUGGAAAAACGGCCUCCCCGUGGGAAGUUGGAAUUCACGACGAGAGAGCUAAUGAAGUCUUUAAGAUUUGGGCAACUGGAAAAUACACCAAGUAACCUGGGUUUUUCCAUGUUCCCAGCAUCCUCUGCAGGACAAGCCUGCUUGCACCAACCACUCUGAAGGUCCGCCCAGAGCUUCCCUUCGCCACGCCCCCACUUAUUACCGGGAGCUUUACUAGCCACGCCCCCAUCCUUCACCCAAGAGGUUCCCUGGCCACGCCCCCUCCACACAGGAGUUUCCCUGGCCACGCCCCCACCCAUCACCCAAGCGCUUCCCUGGCCAUGGCCCCAUGCCACCCAGGAACUUUCCCUAGCCACGCUCCCAUUCCCUCCACCACAAACUCUUCUACGUCAUAGGGUAUCCUGGGAACACAAAAGAGGAGGAUCCUGCGUUGCCUGAGGAAGAGAGCUGGGGUUGAUGGGGGUUUCCUAAAGAAAUCAGGUAACUUUCUCAGAGGAUUUGUGUGUGUGUGUGUGUGUGUCCCGAUAAAGGGCACAGCCUGUUUAAAAGUGUCCAGCCUUGUGAGUUAAUGACUGGUCGUCUUGCAA